AAAUAUAAUCAAAUUGGACUUAACGAACCUGUAUUUAUUUCACAGAAGGUAUAGUACAUGCGGUUGUCAUGUCAGAAGAACCAGCAAUAUCAAGACCAGGCGAAGCAGCGCUUAACAACAUGCAGCUGUUGAAAAAGGAAAGCAGUGUCUUCAAAGUUCCUAAAGUGCCACAGAAAAGACUUGAAAAGAAACGAGCAGAGGUUCUAGAUGAAGAUGUCUAUGUAGAGGGUAUUGCCAAGAUAAUCCAGAGAGACUUCUUCCCCGACCUGGAGAAGCUGAAAGCGCAGAAUGAGUACCUAGAGGCUACGGAGAACAAGGACUAUACUAGACUACGGGAGCUCACACGCAAGUACAGUGGGCAGAGGCCACCGACUGAACCUUACAACUCCCCCGCCACAUUUGACACUCCUGACAUAAACCACCCGCGCUCACCACUCAGAGAGCAAAGCGUUGAACGGGCACCAGAAAAACCCAAGGAUGUGACGGAUAAACACACGCUAGACUCAUUCCUCGCCUCGCACACUAGUGAGGACAAUGCUAGCUAUGACCGUGUUAUAGCGUUGGAACAGAAAAAGAAGGCAGCAAAGAUAGGCCCGGCGCUAGAGGCCGAGGUGGAAUCAAGAGAAAAGGCUGACGCAGCUCUCGCGCUGCCAUCGGUCGAGCAGCAGGCUGACCAGACCGAGCGACCCUUGGAGCUAGACACAUGGCGGUACACGGCCCGUAACCAUAUAAUGUACGUCCCGGACGGCGCGGCGUCGCAGCGGCCGCCGCCGAAGCCCGCGCUGCGGCGCCACAACACGCGCCUGCGCGCCAUGCCCUUCGACCACGCCAAGAGCCAGGCGCAGAUCCGGGACCUGUCCCGGGACCAGGAGUUGACGGGCCGCGGCAAGAUCGGCGUGGACGGCGCGGCGCAGGAGCGCGCGCUGCUGCCGCCGCCCUCGCCCGCGCCCGGCGCCGGGCCCGACGCCUCGCCGCUCAUGACGUGGGGCGCCAUCCAGGGCACGCCCUUCCGCCUCGACGCCGGCGACACGCCGCUCCCGCAUGUCGGAUGCGGCGCGGCAUACCGCAUGCUGGAGACGGGCGCGCGCGAGCGCAUCGCGCUGCAGCUGGCCGAGCGCGCCGCGCGCCGCCGCCGCCCCACCACGCCCCGCGCCGCGCCGCCCACGCCCAGUUUCAGAUCAAACACGGAGCGCCUAGCCAGCAUGUCACCGGCCGCGCGGCGCCUCGCCACCAAGCACCUACUAUCCCCGCGACUCAAACUCACACCCAAAGGCGUCGGCAUACACCCGCACACACCCAAGCUCACACCCAUACCCUCCCCGCGCCGCACCCCUCGCACGCCAUUGGUCCAACCAGCCAGCCAAGCACCAACGGAUCUGACGGACAACCUGCUACAGAUUAACGUGGAGAAGAGAUCGAGACUGAAGGCACAGGAUUUCUUUAAAUAGCGAAGGUUAGAUCUAUAUUAUAAAUCGCAGUACGGCUAAACGCCCUCCAGCUACGCUCCACAUCUCGCAAGCCUUUGGUGCAACCCGUCAGUCAAGCACUAACGGAUCAGAUAGAUAGAUAACCUGCUGCAGAUUCAUGUGGUGAAGAAAUUGAAGCUAAACGCACAGGAUUUCUUUAAAAUGCGAAGGUUUGUCCACCAUUCUUAGAAUCUAUUACUAGUAUGAAAAAAUCCUUAGUAAGCCAUAUUGGAGGAAUAAGUCAGUCAAGCCACGGAUCUAACGGACAACCUGCUGCAGAUUAAUGUGGAGAAGAGAUCGAGACUGAAAGCGCAGGAUUUCUUUAAAUAACGAAGGUUUGCCUAACAUUAUUAUAAACGAGUAUUACUAGACCUCCUAAUUGCGCUACACACAUCGGACACCUUAGGUGCAACCAGCCAGUCAAGCCACGGAUCUGACGGAUAACCUGUUAUGAUUAAUGUGGAGGAGAAAUCGAGACUGAAAGCGCAGGACUUCUUUAAAUAGCGAAGGUUUGACCCAUUAACCAGUUUUUAUAUGAAAGAAAAAAAUGGAUAAAUUUACGCCUCCGGCGGGACUCGAACCUGCAUCAGCCGCAGACUAGGCAGCCACUCUUAUCCAAUUGAGCUACGGAAGACACCGGACUUCGCAAAUAUUUCCAUUCGUUAUGCAUACACACCUUUAGGGUGGCGUAUAGCGACAUCUACCGACAGACGAUUACGAAUAUCUUGUAUCUCGCUCACUCGCUUACAUUCUGUGAGUGGGAGAAGAACGCUAACUUACUGGGCAUUAAAUGAAUUUUGCGCGAUUGAACAAAAAUUUGUACAUUCUGUAUAAACGUUUCCGGCUCUGUACUAUUUUAACAUUUAAUCGAUCUCUUAAAAUGUGAAUUCUUCUCUUUAAAUCGCAACGAGAUAAGAUCUACUAAUGGUCAAUCAAAUGUGUUAAAUAAAGGUACCUACUACAUGUGAUUUGUGCAAAUGUUACAUGGCGAUUUGCGUCUACCAACAUCAAAAAGUGUGGUUGAAUAAAACUACUUAAUAAUAA